AUGAAGUACUGCUCGGUCACCUGUCGACAACGCGACGCCGCGCCGCACAGCAUACUCUGCAGCACUUUCCAAAACUUCAAAGAGCGCCCCAGCCCCAAUCAUUUCCGUUCCAUCUACUUCCCAGUCAACGAACUCAACCCACGCUUCAUCUAG